CGCCAGCGUUACGUGGAGAAGGACGGCAAGUGCAACGUGCAGCACGGGAACGUGCGGGAGACCUACCGCUACCUCACCGACAUCUUCACCACGCUGGUGGACCUCAAGUGGCGCUUCAGCCUCCUCGUCUUCAUCCUCGCCUACGCCAUCACCUGGCUCUUCUUCGGCCUCAUCUGGUGGUUCAUCGCCUACUGCCGGGGGGACCUGGACCACCUGGAGGACCACGCCUGGACCCCCUGCGUCAACAACCUCAACGGCUUAAAAGUCUCCGCCUUCCUCUUCUCCAUUGAGACGGAGACCACCAUCGGCUACGGCCACCGCGUCAUCACCGACAAGUGUCCCGAGGGCAUCGUGCUGCUGCUGCUCCAGGCCAUCCUGGGCUCCAUGGUCAACGCCUUCAUGGUGGGCUGCAUGUUCGUGAAGAUCUCCCAGCCCAACAAACGAGCCGAGACCUUGGUCUUCUCCUCCCACGCCGUGGUCUCCCUGCGGGACGAUCGCCUCUGCCUGAUGUUUCGCGUGGGCGACCUGCGGGACUCGCACAUCGUGGAGGCCUCCAUCCGCGCCAAGCUCAUCAAGUCCAAGCAGACACAGGAGGGGGAGUUCAUCCCCCUGGACCAGACCGACCUGAGCGUGGGCUUCGAGACGGGCGACGACCGCCUCUUCCUCGUCUCCCCCCUCAUCAUCAGCCACGAGAUCGACGAGCGCAGCCCCUUCUGGGACGUCUCGCGGCACCAGCUGGAGAAGGACGAUUUCGAGAUCGUCGUCAUCCUCGAGGGGAUGGUGGAGGCCACAG